AAGUAAAGUCAAAACCAGUGCAAUACCAAGCGACUGGCCGAUCGGAGCUGUCCGCAGUCAGGUUUACCCGCAAAUAAAGGAAAAUAAACCACUUCAAGAUGCAGAUCAAUGCAGCGCUGAUGCUGACGCUGCUGUUACUUCUGCUGCUUUCGCCGGCCGCGCUGCAGGCGGCUGUGGUGCCGCACGAGUUGGACGAGACGAGCAAUGCCAUCGGAAUGGAUACGAAGGAGAUUGGCUAUCUGGAACUGAAGCCGAAUGGCACUUUGAUCUUGGAGCAUCCACAGAAUCAGAGUGGCGGCGAUCUACAGAAUUUCCUGCUAUUACGCAGCGUGUUGCAAGCACUGAAGCUGCACUCAAGCCAGGAGCAAGUGAAGCUCAACAUCAAGAUGUACGGCGAUGGUGUGGAGCACAAGUUUCCGCCGCUCUUGGAGAGGAUAAUACAACGCAUACAAACCUUUUUCUCCAUCUAUCGCCAUACGGACACCAGUCAUCCCGUGCGCAAAGAUGAGGUAACCACUGUGGCGCCCCCAAUUGUGGCAAGCACGGUGAAAGCAAAGACAAAACCAACAAAAACAACGACGACGACAAAAAGAACUACAACAACAACAACAACUACAACCACAAUCCUGCCACGAAAAGAUGUUUGGAUCACUGUGGGCGAGGACAAGUGAUUGACAUACAUACAGAAAUAUAUUUAUAUAUACACA